AUGCUAUUCAUCUUGGUUUUCUUGAUGGCGAUAGCCUCGGCACAGAUCGAAGUGGGGUUCCCCUUCAACGAACAGUUGCCUAAUGUCGCCCGUAUUGACACGGCCUACUCCUUUACCAUGGCCAAUAUCACCUACAAAUCCGAUAACUUCGGCGUAAUCUCGUACCAGGCCACAGGGCUUCCUCUGUGGUUGAGCUUUGACUCUGACUCCAGAACAUUCACCGGAACUCCCUCCAAGGACGACGUGCAAGAGUUUGAAAUCCAUUUGUUCGGAACUGACUCGUCAGACGGUUCUACUAUCAACAACACCUACUCUAUGAUAGUUUCCAACGAUACAGGCUUACACUUAUCCUCUAAUGAUGUCAUGUUUACUGAAAUUGCCAAAUACGGAGACACCAACGGUAAUGACGGCUUGGUUGUCAGAGAGGGCCAGGAGUUCAACAUCAGCUUCGAAAAGUCGGUUUUCGAAUCUUACUCAACAUCCAAAAGACCUAUCGUUGCCUACUAUGGUAGGUCAGCGGACAGAAGCUCCUUGCCAAACUGGAUCGAUUUCGACUCCGACAGCUUAACAUUCUCAGGAAUAGUUCCUCACGUUGUUUCAGAUAUUGCUCCUUCGUUUGAGUAUGGCUUCAGCUUCAUUGGCUCCGACUAUGUAGGAUUUGCUGGAGCUGAAGGUAUCUUCAAGUUGAUUGUUGGAGCCCAUCUGUUGAGCACUUCGUUGAAUGAGUCAAUCAAGGUCAAUGGUACUUUGAAUCACGACUUCGACAUCCUGAUUCCAAUCUUCUCUUCUGUUUUCUUGGACGGAUCACUUAUCUCGGCCGAAAACAUCUCCUCUGUUGAUUCAACCGACUUACCCUCUUGGAUUCAUCUUGACACCGACCAUUACACUUUGACAGGUAACUUCCCUGGGGAUGCUACUUUUGACAACUUCACCAUAAACGUCAAAGACGUGUUCCAGAACGAGGUUGAAUUGCCUUACUCUUUCAACGCCAUUGGCUCAGUGUUCACUCUCAGCACUCUCCCCAACGUCAAUGCUACCCGUGGACAGUUCUUUGAAUACCACUUGAUGAACUCAUACUUCACUGAUUUCAACCUGACCGACGUCUCUGUCAAGUUCGACUCUUCCAACAGCUGGCUUACUUUCCAUGAAGAUAACAAUACCUUCACCGGUCAAGUCCCCAAGGAUUUGCAGAAGAUCAAUGUCGAUGUGUCUGCUUCUUCCGAUUACGAUCUGGAAGAUAAGAGCUUUGACAUUGUUGGAAUCGACAGCAAGACAUCCUCCACUUCCUCUUCCUCUUCCGCUACCGCGACUUCUUCUAGCUCCUCUUCUCCAACUUCCUCUCCCUCUUCCUCUUCUACUCCUGUAAAGUCCAAGGCUUCCACGAACCACAAGGCACUUGCAAUUGGUCUUGGAGUGGGUAUUCCUGCCUUCUUGCUUCUUGUCGCUGCCCUCAUUCUCUUCUGCUGCUGUAUCAAGAGAAGAAAAGAAAGAAAGCAAGACCCAAGAAAGGACAUGGAAAAGGAUGCUGCUGUUCCCGAAUUGACCGGCCCAGGCUUCGGCAACACCUACGACAACGAUUCCCAGAAAGGUAGAAAGUUGGCUGCUGCUAAUGCCAGAAAGUUGGACAAUACCAAACCUUACGACUACGACGACGACAUCCACAGUACUUCAUCUUCCAUCACCCAUGUGGAAUCCAACGGCUCUGCUGCUAGAUAUGUAGAUGCCAUCGAGUUACCAGUCAAGUCAUGGAGAGCAAGAGACAAUUCUGACGACAAGCAGAAUAGAAAUUCAGAAGUUUCCUUGAGCACAGUCAACACAGAACAGUUGUUCUCAGUAAGACUUGUGGACGACCAGUCAGCCAGAAACUCUCAGCAAUCUUCUUUUGUCGCCCGUCAACUUUUAAGUAGCACUUCCUUGCAUGAAGUCAUGAGAAGAGACUCUUCUACCAAUCUCCAAAGAUUGGACAGUGAUGGAAACAUCGUUGACUCUGCAACCUCCAGCAAUGCAUCAACGCCUAGUCCCUGGAAGACGGUCCCCAAAUCAGGCUCGAUUCUUGCUAUUCUCCCUGAAGAAAACUCCAGGGAGUACACCAACUCUGUGAGAAAUGCAACGGAUACCUCGACCGUUUAUCUCAGUGCAGACCACAGCACCAAUAGUAAUAAUAGCAACAGCCACACAAGCAGGCACGAUUUCUCGGAGUCAAGUAUAUCGAAUUUGUUGUCUAAGUUCAACGAGUCUCCUUCAGGAAGCGAAAGAGAUUUAUCGCAAUACCAACAUGAAGACUCUGCGUACCUUGAUGAAUUCAAGGCUGUCAAGACUUCUAACGGAGACUUCCAGUGGCUGUCUGACCGUACUGACCGCAGCAGUGAAGAUAAUACCGACUUGAUGCACAAGACUGCAUCGAACUUCAACUUGAGUCAUGAUGACUUGGCUAUUGCAACUAAGACGUUGCCCAUGAGACACUCCAAUUUAUCUACCAUUUCGAUAGAAUCUGGCAACUCUGAUCAGAUGUUGCUCAACCACGAUGGUAGUCCUCAGAUCCCCAAGCGUUCCAGAUCGCGCACUAGCAAGGCGAAAUUGGUUAACUUCACCAGAAAGGGCAGUUUGAGAGAGUCAUCGUAUGAACCUGAUAUCAAAUUCCAUGAGGAGUCAGCGCAGGUUCACAGCAAUGACAGCGACUAG